UUCCUUCUUUUGACUGACGGUGACUUCAUUCGGGGACUUUACAGUUGCGUAACCGUAGGAACCCGCGCGCGUGUAUCGGAGAAGCUCGUCAGCAAGUCGUUAAUCCUAAAAUAAUAUACGUUUUAAAGUUCUCUGAAAUUAUUUUCUAAUAUAGUGUACGAAUGGCGGUACAAAGCCACUCCUUUCAGGGAAAUUUGGAACGGACCGAAAAACCAGAGAAAAUACGUUUGGUGGCGAAUCCUGCCAAGGAACAGGAGAACACAGCCGGCGAAUUUCACCAGAAGAGAAAAGAUGAAAAGUUAAAAGGUGGGGAGCAUCAGAGGACGGAGGCGGGAGAAUGGCGGUCAGAGGAACGGGACGGGCCCCCUGCUUCAGACCGAGAGUGUCGCUCCAGGUCGCGGUCCGUCUCCACGGCGACCCGCUCCAGCUCCGUCACCAGCGGCAGCAGCGGGGGUCGGCGUGGCAACCGGAGGAACCAUGGCAAACGGAGGAGCAGGAGGAGCCGGAGGUCUCGUAGCAACAGCGGCAGCUCCAGGUCCAGGGCCCCCGCCCGCUCACGCUGCCGGCGGGGGGGCCGCCGGUCCCCGCCCCGCCGCUACAGGGCGCGCUCGCGCUCCUACAGCCCCUCCCACUCGCCCGCCCGGCGCUGCCCCCGCGGGUCCCCAGCCCGGGCCCGGUCCCGGUCCACUAACCUCCGCGGGGUCCUGGCCCAGAGCCGCCUCCGCCUGGCUCUGUCCCCCGAGAGGAGGUCCCGAACCCGCAGCUCCUCCAGGUCCCGGGAGCCCGACAGCACCGGCGCCCACCUGAGCCUGCCAGAAAAGAGGCAAGUGCUCCUGGCGUCCCGAGAGAGCGCAGCGCGCGCCCGGGGGGGGUGGGAGGAGGUCCCCGCCGCGCUGGAGGACCCGGAGGGGCCCGUGUUCGCCCCGCGGGCGAGGCCCCAGACCAGCCCGAGAGAGAGCCACUCAAAAGCGUGUAUACAGAAGGUUUAGACUAAGCAAAGGUAACCACAUCAAGUCUUCGGUGUAAAAUGCACUAGCAGUAGCCAUUGCAUAAACGUUGCAUCAAACAAUAAGUAAAUCUGAGCAUAUUACCACUUGUAUUUAGACUUAUUACUUUUACGGCAAGUAAGACAAAAAUAUUGCCAAUGAGGUAAAACAGUUUGACUAGUCAACCUGUGCCUAUGGAAUAAGAACUUUUUGAAUUGUCAAGCAAACCAGCAACUUAAAACAAGCUAAUAUUUCCUACUUUUAAAGAGUAGGAAAUGCUCUUUAAAACUAAGACCUUAAGUCUUAUUAUGAGAAUAAAAACACUUGUUAAGACAGACAUAUUUUUCAGUGAAGCAUAUUUGAGUGCCAUUGUUCUACCAUGGGAUCUGUGUGGGUCACUGAGGGUUAAUGUGUUGGGUCAGAGCUGUUCUCAGGCUGGGUGGGGGACUGGGCCUUGUUGACACCUGACCUGAUCACCAGACCUGUUUGACUUUCAGGCCCUUUCUCUCACGCGUCAGGGUGCCCUGUCACGGACGUAAUGCCUCAAAAGGGUUUGUCAUUUCAUUUCUCCUACACGAAACACAAUGUUGUAACACUUUCACUGAGACGAUGACACACUGGCGUCUCCGCCUUUCGCAUGUCCUGUAGAGGAAAAAUUAAUUUAAAAUUAAUUUUCUUGUGUUUUCUAAACUCCCCCCCCCCCCCUGCCUCUCUCCUGGUGUGCAGCGUUAGCGUCAUGUGAUCUGCUUAUCUCUGUCUCUCUAGGUCACAUGACUGUGGCCGUCACCUCAAACGGCCUAUCCUGCGGGAGUGAUGAGGUGGCAGUCUGUGACAUCACGGGUUUGUGGGUGUGGUUUACUGAGAGAUCGCUGCUGCUUAGCGACGGCGUUGCGAGGGGAGUAGGAGCGCUCAUCGUAAGACGAAGCCCUCCGUCCGCACACACUGCCGGCUUCCUGUGUCCUCAGGACGUCCUGCCACCUAUAGACAAGUUUAAAGUCCAGAGCGCACUUCAUCCACGAUAACAUCCUCUACAACUGAACCUGCACGUUACUGUAAUGCGUAGUGUGACUACACCUGUUCAUAUGAGUACAUGAGUGUGUGUGUGUGGGGGGGGGCGUGAGGGG